AAAAAGAAAGAAGAAAAAAUCUGACUGAAAGCAGAAGAAAAAUGCAGGUUUGUUUUGCAAAUAGCUCAAAUUAUAAGCAGUAAAAUGACAUGUUGUAGUGUUACAAGGGGUGAAAUUGACAAAUAUCCUUUUUCAUAAACCUCAUAUCACCAUUAUCCUCUUCUUUCCAAAUUCCAUUCUUUACUUGAGAAAAAUGCCACAGUAAGCCAAACAGAGAAAUUUAGUAGUAGUAAAAUUAGCAGCAACAAUGGCAACAUUAGGCCUCAAUAUUUAUUCUCCUUCAAUGGGUCAUCGAUGUCUUUUUCAGAAAUCCUACUAUUCACCUUCCAAUUUCAGAAUUUCAUGUUCCAGCUCGUUCUUGCAAAAUAACAAGUUUAGGAGGGAGUAUACAAGUGUGAUGAUAGUGCCUACUGGUGUUGGAGCAGCUAUUGGUGGCUAUGCUGGUGAUGCUUUGCCUGUAGCUCGAGCUCUUUCUUCUGUUGUUGACUGCCUUAUUUCUCAUCCUAAUGUUCUUAAUGCAGCAAUGCUGUACUGGCCCAUGCCAAAUGCACUCUAUGUUGAAGGCUAUGCACUUGAUCGAUUUGCUGAAGGUCUCUGGGCACUGCAACCAGUUCAUCAAAAUAGGGUAGGAUUGGUUUUUGAUGCUGGGAUAGAGGAAGAGCUUCUUAUUCGCCAUCUACAAGUAGUUGAUGCAACAAGAGCUUCUCUUGGAUUGCCAAUAGUGGGAUACACUGUAACUGAUACACCUCUACUGGUGGAGAAAUGGGUUGACCCAACAAGUGGCCAAUCAACAGGGAGGAUACAGCGUCCAGAUUCACUACUGAGAGCUGUGGAGAACUUGCAAAAUGGGUCUAAUGUAAAUGCUGUUGCAGUGGUGGCACGCUUUCCAGAUGAUGAUACUGAAGACUUGGAUGAUUAUCGACAAGGAGUGGGGAUAGAUCUUUUGGCAGGUGUGGAGGCUGUUAUAAGUCACCUCGUGGUGAAAAAUUUUCAGAUUCCUUGCGCACAUGCUCCUGCUGUAUUGCCUCCUCAAUUAAACAUUUCAGUAUGUCCGAAAUCAGCUGCUGAAGAGAUUGGAUUUACAUUCUUGCCGUGUGUCCUUGCUGGGCUUAGCACUGCACCACAGUAUGUGGUCAAGGGCAAUAAACUUUCAGACGAUUGCAUUGUAGCUGGUGAUGUUGACAGUGUGAUUCUACCGAUCGAUGCUUGUCGCGGAGAUGGUGCUCUUGCUUUUGCCAAUCGUAAAAGAAACAAGAUUUUGCAGCCUCUUAUAAUUGCUGUUGAAGAGAAUCAAACAGUUCUGAAUGAUACAGCAGAUUCACUCGGUAUUGAAGCUGUGAAGGUAUCAAACUACUGGGAAGCCAUAGGUGUAAUUGCAGCUCACAAGGCAGGAAUAGAUCCAAAUGCUCUUAGAAGGAAUAGGAUCAACAACAUUACACCAACUUCUUUUGUUCCUUCAAAUGGUCAUGCUAUAUCAAGUGCCAAAUCAUUUGUUUGAAUACAGAAAACUAUAGACAUUCAUCAUAUUAUAAGGACUAAUUUGAUUUGUAUAGUGCAAAAGGUGAGGCUAAAUGGAAACAGGGUCAGUGAGGAUUCAUAAAUUAGACCUCAACGACCAACUAGUUGGAGAUUGAGGUGUAGUUGUUGUAGUAUAGCGGAAAUGGUUUAUAUUCUUCCUUUAUUUUCAUUCUUACCUUUUGUCUUAUAACAUAA